GCAACACAUGCACACGCGCCUUCUGUGUCUUCUACCUCUGUUUGUCACCCACCCGCACGAGCCCGUCUCCCCCUCCUCCCUGAGAAUGUGGGUAGGGAUGGAUGGCGCACAGGCCCGUCUGAAAGGACAAUAAAGCACAAAGACGCUGAUCCCGAUGACUCGAUGUCCCCGCUGAAAAGCAUAUGUCCAAAUGUCUGGUUUUCUCACAGCAAGUCACUAAAAUCCAGUCAAUGAAGUCUCCACAAACUCUCUCUCCCUGCUCUGAAUGGAGCCACUCUAAUAAGAGUUGAAAUGGAGGAUGAAGAUGGUACUUGUUUACUUGAUGUUUUGUGUGACCCUCAAGCCCUGAAUGAUUUUCUUCAUGGGACAAAUGAGCUGCCAAGUGGAGACUUACUCAUUAAUUCAUCCUCUGGAGAGCCAUCACUCUUCACAGACACCCCAAGCCCUGCAUCUCUGUUAGCAGAUGAUGCAAGUUCUCAGGACACUCCUGUCUCUGGCUGUGUAGAUCUGUCCUUUCUGGAGGAGGCGCUGUUGGCAUCACCGGUAUCAUCAUUAGGAAGUGGAGAUCCAGAGGAGGCACAAGAAAAUCCCAAUGUCCAAUUAGUGAAACAGCAGAAAGAGUCAGAAGAGAUAUGUGACAUUCUCCAGCAGAGUCUCCAAGAGGCAGACAUCACUGAGGACACUCUUGCAUUAGAGGCAGGACUUGUCCAGACAGCAGAAACUCUCCAGCUUGGUUUGUCAGAUGCAACCCUUCCUUUGCCUGCAACACCAUAUUUCUCCAAACCAUUAACCUUGCCUGGCUUGAUCUCUUUACCAAAGUACACACAAACAGCAGUGGAGCCUCCUCAGCCAUCUUUGUUAGCUGUUGGUCCAGGCUGCCCCUCGCUCAAGCCUCCAGUAACCCAGUUAAUGAGUCUACUUCCUGGGAAUGUCUUCCCCACACCUCCACUCGAAACAUCCUUUUCUAUUAAUUCAGCACAAAGCACCAGCAUGAUUACCCAAAAGACCCUGCCAAGCCUCACAAGCUGCCAGAUGUUGGCCUCCACCGUUAGAACAAUUACUCCAUCAGUAGUCAUGUUACAAAAAACGCCUCUACCCAUUCAGCCUAAGUUACCUGUCAACAUCCAGCCCAGGCUUGUACAGAUCAGUCCCAGGCCAUCAGGACAGAAAACAUUGCCAGGAUUUGCCUUCAUUUCAGCAAAUACAACACAGAGUGUCUUGCUAUCCCCUUCUAUUGGCUCAAAGCAGUCCUUGCAAGCACAGUCCACACCAAAUGUUAGCAAACCUGUUAGCUUUAAUUUGGUUGGUCAGGGAGGCCCCAUUGUCAUUCAACCCCAAGAUACUUUUCAGGGUCAGAGACAAUUCUUUCUGCCCAGCCAAACACCUGCAACUAUGACCCAGUCUACCAGCAUUUCAAGAUGUCUUCUUAGUACACCAAGCAAUCAGGUGUCUAACAAACCCAAUGUUGACAGUUCUCAUAUUGUGACUAUACAGCCAAGACUUAACUUAAGCCCUAUUUUCACCUCCCCAACCGGACAACUCACCCUCAAACAUGGGACUCUUCUAUCAGGGUCUUUACCAAUUCGGCCAACACCUCCAACAGUCUUCCAGAUGCCAACACAGCUAGCAGGGACCUAUGCAUCUCAAGUGCAGGGGCAGCAUGAAACUGUUGUUCAAAACGCUGUCGGAAACCAGAUAAGAUUGAUUAAUAAUGCUAAUAUGCUCAUUCCUGAUAUGACCACCAUACCAAUCGUGAAUGGUCAGUCAGUGAAACAAAGUCUGCCUAUGGCGCCUUCAGCACAAAGAGCUCUGGUAGGGGGACCUGAGGGAAAGGUGAGUCUUGCCCAGAAUUCAGUGCUUCUCUUACAUGAGAAAACAACAGAAGAUGAGGAGAAAGUCAACGAACCGCUUCAAGAGAGCAGAUUGCUUCCUCAAGCUUCAGUGGAAGCACCCAUUGUGGAGAUUCACUUUCAGCCCUCUCCAGUACCAACUCUACUACAGUCUUUACCACCAGAUGAUAGUUGUACCCCUGAGCCAGUUUUGUCAUUAUCCCCACAACUGAUCACCCAAACAGAAGAGCAACAAUUUACUGAAGGAGAGCAUAAUCCAUUACAUCACAGUCAGGCAUUAAUACAUCUGCCCCAACAGUAUCCACUUAAACUGUCAGCUACCCAAGAGACCUUAGCUGCAAAUCUGCUUGGGCAAAUGGACAACAACAUCUCUACUGCCACAGGUGAAACUGAGGAUUCACUUAGACCUUUGACUGCGUCUGAGGCUUUCUCUGCAUCGUGUGAGAGUGAAGAGAUUCCUAUGCCAGCGUACCAUCGCUCAGAACACAGUGACAUUCUACUGCAAUCUCCUAUUGGCCAGCGCUCUGUAAAGACCACAAGCACAGGCUCCAUGAUGGGCUCAACACCCCCAGAGCUGGAUUCCUCAAUGUCGAUUGCUCUUUGUUCUGAACCCAAGUGCCAGGAGGGUCUUGUAAAGAAGCUCACAGUCCCUUAUGCAAGGAACAACAGUGGGAUAAUCUCUUUGGACCAGCAUGACUUACAGGAGAUGGUACACCUGGGACCCAGGCUGCAUUCCCAGGACAAAGAAACCUACUCAGCACAUCAGAAAAAGGUGAAGACACCAACUGCAUGCAGUCCGAAAGAGGAGAAACUGACACUAGCAAAGAGGCAACACAUGGUCAAACAGCAGCUAUUUUUGGACCACAGUGCUGUUCUCAGUCCAAACACUUUGGCUCCAUUUGUUUCAGUGGAGGAUGCUGUCAGACAUUUGUUACCCUACCAUACUUGUGCUAGAGCUCUACCCAGCCAGGCUGACUUUAUCUCAGUGGACAAGCAGUUUGAGUGUUUUUCAGUUGUUCUGUUGAAACGAACCAAAGACAUGAUAAACAAGUACAGGCAACUACUUCUGGCUGAAUCCCAGCAGGAGAGCCCAUCAGCAGAGAUGGUGAUGCUAGAGCGUUUGUUUCUCCAGUCGGAGAGACUCUCACUGGGGGAGGAUAGACGGCGAGCCAGAAGAGAUCCAGCAGAUUCUUUCCUGAUGUCAUGGCCUAAGAACUCAUCACAGCACAGUCAAGUGUCAUCUGUCCAGACUGGCCUUUCCGGUUGUCCUCCAUCUCCACCAUCGUGGACCUUGCAAUCUGACAGACCUCCUGGCCUCAAGACAUAUCGCUCCAGCAGCAGAGGAGCGCUACGCCUCACUAUCAAACAUGAGUCAGGAUCCCGCAAAAUCAUCCACAACUCUGCAUGUGAUGCCUCGAAUGCCAUCUCUGGGUAUAAACGAAACUACAGUGGGCAGUUAACUAUGGGAGGAGCCAUGCAGGGAAAAGAUGACUCCCUCAAGCCUCCUUUGUCAAAUGUCGAAGAGAACAAAAAUGAACUAAACAAGCUGAAAUUGCACCAUGAUAUGGAAACAAUUAGGACAGGUAGCAAUUCGCAGAACCACACUGAUUCUGUGGUCAUGCCAGACUAUGUAGCUUCAAGGGUGCAAGGCUUGCUUCCAGAGCAGUGCACUCCAGUGCUUAAAAGGAACAGGCUGGUUGCUUCAGCAACAGAGUCUCCAAAAUUGCCUACACUAGUAGAGGAUGGGGAACUGAGUGAACACCUGCAAAGUGCUAUAGACAGCAUUCUGGAGCUGCAAAGGUUGCAGGGUUCUGCAGUAGGAGUUAAACCCAAGAUUCAACAGCCUCACGCACUGGAUCAGGCAGUCAGCAGCAUGCUAGAAGGACAACUAUGAGACGGAGAAGAAAGAAGUGUAAGAUGAACAGAGAAGUCUUUUGCUAGAAAUAUAGCUUAUAUACAUCCUGCAAUACACAUCCAGCAGAGACUAAUUUUAUUCAUUUUUCCUGAGAAAGAAAGUCCUAUUUAUUAUUAUUUAUUGUGUAAAUAGAGUGAAUAGAAGUUUUUUGGAACCUUUUUGUGGAGACACAUUAUAGUAAUUUAUAGUCUUCUAUCAGUUUAAGACAAGAUAAAAACAAAAGUGCAGUUUGGCCGUAUGUAUAUGCCAUUUUGAUGUGAAUGUGUCUACAAUAAGACUAUUUCUCUUUUGAUGGGGACUAAGGUCCGUUUGAUGUGGUUUGGUUAUUUUGAUAGCUCCUUACCAAACUCUGGGGCUCCCAAGGAACCAAACCAGAGUACACUUGUAAACGGCAGCUUGGUUUACAGUUCAUGUAAAAUUAAACUGGCCUUAACCUAUGAAAACUGCCUUGUACAGCAAAUGUGAGAAUGUAUCAAGGCAAAAUGCUUGGUCCGAACUGAAGUUCAGAAAACACCAGCCUAAUGUACUGAUGUCAAGUAGACUUUCACACUAGAGUUCAGCGCACCAUGAACUCUAGUGUGAAAGCAGCCCAUGUUUUAUAUGCUCAGACAGUACACAGAAUGAUGUCUGUUCCAGCUUGUUUACCCCCAAAGAAAAUAUACCUUAUUUCAUUCUGAAAUCACCAGCAAAACUAAUUAAAACACCGGUGAGAUUUAAGAAAUGCAUUAUCCUAAUGCAGACUGAAAAUGUAAAGCAUAACAGGACCUACACUGAGCAAAUGGCGGAUAUAAUGUAUGCCUUAUUCCAGUGGUGUGCAAACCUGUUCCUGGAGGGCCACUGUCCUACAGAGGGAAGUGACAUUGGCCCUCCAGGUGCAGGAUUGGACUCCCUGCCUUAUUCUGUCACUGCAAUGAACUGUACUAUUCCUAUUGUGGUUUAAAUCAAGAAGAUCUAUAGAUGCAAAAGCAAUAAGUAGUAGAUGGUUGUUAAAAUGUGGUUGUGCCUCAAUCAAAAUACUAAAUUCUUUUGGAUUUUAUUAUUGUAGAUCAUUCAACUGUUUGAAAAGUAUUCAUAUCACUACUGAAGUUCAACAACAUGCACUCAAUUUAGUAAAUUGUUUUAACUGCCUAAAGCAGUAACUAUAUACAUCCAGACAGUGACAAAUAUUGUUAUAUUAUUGAAUUACAUUAUUGUUAAUGGUUUUUUUUUUUGACAAUCUACUACAAUGUCCUGCUCACAUUAUAUCAGUGAUGAUUACUUCAUAAUUGGAUAACAGAGUAGUAUAGUGAAGCAUUUUAAAAUAAGUGUUUGAUUGUCAUGUUAGUUGUGCCACUUGAUAUACAUGUCAAAUAUUGUCCUCAAGUUGUAUCUUCACGUCUUAUGAGACAGGAACGUCUUUAAAUGUUUAUGUAUUGCUUCCCUGACAAACACUAUGCACUACUCUUACAGAACACUUGGCCACCUAACUAAAUACUGUGACUGGCCCUAAAUGUGACAAGAUGUUUGUAACAACCCCAUUUUGUUUGAUUUGAAUUUUUGUGUACUAUUACUGUGAAACGUAGCAUAUUUGACACUGAUCCAAAACUGUCAUUUGACAGAUUGCUAGGAUGCCACAAUCGAAGAGGCCUUAAAGCUGCUGUACCAGAAUCACUAGAUAAGUCACUAUACUGAUUUUAACCCCCAUUUUAGACCCAAUAUCACUUAAGUGACCAAAACAAAGUGGUUUUUUUUUAAAACAUUUCUACAGACUAUUUAAAUUUUGUUUUCUAAGCAGUAAAA